UCUAUUGUGCUGAAGGCAGACAUGAUGCCCCAUGGGAAAUGCAGUUUCUUCUAUUACAGGGUAAUUGUGUGGUGGGGCAUUGCUGUGGUGCCUCAUGGGAAAUGUAGUUUCUUCUAUCAGUGUAAUUGAACAGUGGGGUAGAGAUGAGAUGCCACAUGGGAAUUGUAGGUUUGUCUGUUAAUACAGUCGUCUGCCCUUAUCAGUGAACAGCAGAGAUAAAUUGAGUACUCAAUAGCAGCAUGGACUCUGGGGGGCUCCGAGGCCCUACAGACACACAGAGAGACACAACCAAUCACUCACCUAUCAUAGGCAGUAAAGAUAGACAGUUCUGAGACAUACAGGCUAACUCUUUUGUCGUUAUGUACUCAAUGGCCUUUUGCAGUACUUUCAACCAACUUUGUCUGGUUGACAGCUUGCCAUCGACCCCCUCACCCUAAACCCCCCAUGGGUCCCUGUCAUGUCCCAUCAACACCCCCCCACCCGCCAGUACACUGUGGAGUGUGCAAAAGCGUGCCCCUUCCUCCUGACUGUUCGAUACCUCAUUAACCAGUAAGAGUUCGUGUUGAACGCGUAAUGGACACUUUCCUAUCGACCCUACCUCUCAUACCCACACACACACACACCGCCAGCAGCAGUGCUCUGGGGGCCUUGUGACAUGUCCAGGGUGACAGUGACAUGCGCCACUAGCCAAGCUCUAUUUCCCCUGACCCGACCACACACACACUCCUGCCUCCCCCGCACACUGGGGUCAGGAGAGGAGGGAGAGACAGAGGGGGGAAGUGAGGGUUGGGAUUGGAGAGUGGGUGUAGGUCAUUUAAACUUCUGUCACUUCACAGUGGGUGAUCUCAUGGGGAGAGACAAUAAAAGAGAGAAAUAGAAACAAACUUUUACUGGUACUCUAACCUAGGUCUGCCCUAGUUUUCUGCCAACUCAUCUUUAGCUAUGUCUAUAGGGUUCCCUUUUUUUAAUACUUUCUUUUGUUGUAUCAUAAUAAUAUAGGCUGGUUUAUAUGGUCAACAUUUUCUUUCAGUGGAAAAUGAACUACAAGAAACAUCAUUACAUUGGUCUGUCUGAGUAUUUUACCAUCAAAUGCACUUGUGUAGGUCAAAUCUCAAAGUUCUCAGCCUGUGUCUCUCUACCUGGUGUGUGUGUGUGGAGAUGAAGUAGGCCCACAUACCUUUUUAAAAACCUUGUUCACAAUGUUUCUAUCCAAGAGUAUGCCUGUGGUCAUGACAUUUUGUCAGCUGGUGAUUGUCAAGCUAAUAACUAUCGGUCUCACGGUAAUUGACCGUUAAUUAACAUAAAUAUGUUUAGCAUCUCCUGGCUUCCACACACAGCCUCCAAGCCACUGAUGCAGACCUUCAGAACAUCUACAUUUUAAAAAGUCUAAUAAGCCCAUGUAAUAUAGCCCUACACCAUCAAAAAUAAAUAUAUUAUUUGUUUUAGACAGGUCUAAAGAAACAAGAUAUGAAGAAAAGGUAUACUAUUUCAGAUGAACACAAUAGCAUACUCUGAGUUGUCCUUAUGUUAGGCCCUGAUCUGGCUAUCCUGUAGUUAAUUUACAUGCCAGCCAGGUAGGCUAUACUCCUGUUGUAAAGUGAUGCAAUGUGCUUAAUAUUAGGAAAGCUGAGAUAUAAAUAUAGUAGGCCUAGCCUAUAGAACGCGGAUGGGAUCCUCCUCUUUUUAAUAGAGGGCAUCACUCUAUUUUCUGUAUAGCCUAAAGAAAUGUUGCAGCAUGAGCUUAUGGACUCUCAUGAAGUGUUUGAAUUAGAUUUUUGAUAACAUUUGCAUUGAUGUCAUAGUGAUUAGAGGGACAAUAGAGUGCUGAGUACCAGGCCGUUUGCAAUUUUUGUAGGUUACUAAUAACUAUCAGCAGCAUCAGAGCUUGGAGAAGCCUAGUGACCGUGACUAAGCGGUCACAUGGAAUUUGACUGCGAUCAUGACUCGUGACGGUAAUACGGUCACCGUAACAGUCCUAUACCAGUGUAUAUGUGUGUGUGUAUAGCCUAUAUAACGUGGUGCAUUGUGUGCCUGCACUCACGGAAGCCAGGUCCUCUGAUGGGGCGCUCCCCUGUCGUUGGUCCUCCUUAACUCGUCAAACCAUCGUUUGCGGGGUGCUGUCAUGCCACGUUGUCCCCCUCGCUGCCUGAAAGCCCCCGACAGACCACACUGCUGGAGCUACCAGCAUGUACCGGAGCCUGUCCCAGUCACACAAACACACACACAGGCAGACAUACCGUACUCACAUGCACAGAUGGCACACACACACACUCCCACACACAGCCUCCAGGGAGCAGUCUCUGACGAAGACUACUGUGAUUAAAAGAGGGGCUUUUCAAAUCAAAUCCAUGUUACCAGGAUGUCUGGAGAGACAAGGGGAGAACAGUCUCCUCUCACCAUGCACUAUUUGAAAGACAGACAGCCAGUCCACCUCCCAGUCUCUCUGUGAGGGAUAUCACUUAAAGAUGAACUAUGCAGAAAUAGCUCCACCAUUUCCUGGUUGCUCAAAUUCUAAUAGUUUGCCUAAUUCCAGUUUCUGUUACAAAACAAGCAAGUCUAGUGUAGAGAAUCAUUGUACCAUCUAAACCCUUGAAAUGUAUUUUCCAUAACCAAAAAUAUUGUAUUUUUAGCUGUUUGAAGCUGGUGUACAAAACUGAAAGUAAAAGACUCAAAAACUAAACUUAAGAAUGGAAAGCAUAGAAAUAGCGCACAUAGAACAGAUUGACCUCUUCUUAGACCUGCUUUCAAUGAGAAUGACCGAUCUAUAACUCCAUUUCUAUUCGAAUUUGGUCAUGUCGCCCAAAAAGUUACAUAUUGCAGCUUUAAGACUAACACCCAGGACUGCAGAGUCAGACAAGCCUGGAAAGAACUACGAAGUGAGGAGUAGUUGUUAUUCACAAGUACAGAGGCAGACUGUUCAGAAGAUAAAUUGGAUACCAGUUGUUAAUGCAUUGCUGACUAUUCAUAAGAUGGAAUUUUUUGUGUUUUUUGUUUUGGGGGAAAGGGAAAGAGGGAUGUUUUGCGAGUCGGAGAAGGCAUCGGGUGUAUAAUACGACUGUUACUUAGUGUUGCUAACGAGCGUUAUCUUUGUUGUACAAAAUGAAGAACAUUAUUUCAGAUUGACUAUAAUGGGGUUCUAAGGCAUCACCUGCAUUGAGUCAGACACUAUGGUAAUGAAUGUACUCUCUGUACCAAAAACAGGAUGCACAUGAUCUGUUCAUCCUCCCAGUCUGCCAGGUAGUGGCAGGUUGUUCACCAACACCAUAUUCCCACCACCUCCCAGUCUGCCAGGUAGUGGCAGGUUGUUCACCAACACCAUAUUCCCACCACCUCCCAGUCUGCCAGGUAGUGGCAGGUUGUUCACCAACACCAUAUUCCCACCACCUCCCAGUCUGCCAGGUAGUGGCAGGUUGUUCACCAACACCAUAUUCCCACCACCUCCCAGUCUGCCAGGUAGUGGCAGGUUGUUCACCAACACCAUAUUCCCACCACCUCCCAGUCUGCCAGGUAGUGGCAGGUUGUUCACCAACACCAUAUUCCCACCACCUCCCAGUCUGCCAGGUAGUGGCAGGUUGUUCACCAACACCAUAUUCCCACCACCUCCCAGUCUGCCAGGUAGUGGCAGGUUGUUCACCAACACCAUAUUCCCACCACCUCCCAGUCUGCCAGGUAGUGGCAGGUUGUUCACCAACACCAUAUUCCCACCACCUCCCAGUCUGCCAGGUAGUGGCAGGUUGUUCACCAACACCAUAUUCCCACCACCUCCCAGUCUGCCAGGUAGUGGCAGGUUGUUCACCAACACCAUAUUCCCACCACCUCCCAGUCUGCCAGGUAGUGGCAGGUUGUUCACCAACACCAUAUUCCCACCACCUCCCAGUCUGCCAGGUAGUGGCAGGUUGUUCACCAACACCAUAUUCCCACCACCUCCCAGUCUGCCAGGUAGUGGCAGGUUGUUCACCAACACCAUAUUCCCACCACCUCCCAGUCUGCCAGGUAGUGGCAGGUUGUUCACCAACACCAUAUUCCCACCACCUCCCAGUCUGCCAGGUAGUGGCAGGUUGUUCACCAACACCAUAUUCCCACCACCUCCCAGUCUGCCAGGUAGUGGCAGGUUGUUCACCAACACCAUAUUCCCACCACCUCCCAGUCUGCCAGGUAGUGGCAGGUUGUUCACCAACACCAUAUUCCCACCACCUCCCAGUCUGCCAGGUAGUGGCAGGUUGUUCACCAACACCAUAUUCCCACCACCUCCCAGUCUGCCAGGUAGUGGCAGGUUGUUCACCAACACCAUAUUCCCACCACCUCCCAGUCUGCCAGGUAGUGGCAGGUUGUUCACCAACACCAUAUUCCCACCACCUCCCAGUCUGCCAGGUAGUGGCAGGUUGUUCACCAACACCAUAUUCCCACCACCUCCCAGUCUGCCAGGUAGUGGCAGGUUGUUCACCAACACCAUAUUCCCACCACCUCCCAGUCUGCCAGGUAGUGGCAGGUUGUUCACCAACACCAUAUUCCCACCACCUCCCAGUCUGCCAGGUAGUGGCAGGUUGUUCACCAACACCAUAUUCCCACCACCUCCCGGUCUGCCAGGUAGUGGCAGGUUGUUCACCAACACCAUAUUCCCACCACCUCCCGGUCUGCCAGGUAGUGGCAGGUUGUUCACCAACACCAUAUUCCCACCACCUCCCAGUCUGCCAGGUAGUGGCAGGUUGUUCACCAACACCAUAUUCCCACCACCUCCCGGUCUGCCAGGUAGUGGCAGGUUGUUCAACACCAACCGGGUAUAGAUGGGACCAGGUGCAUCUGUCUGGCAUAUGGAGCUCUGUAGGGUCAUACAGUACUAUUAUCUCUCUCUCCCUCUCUCUCUCUCUUACAGUCUCUCGUUCUUCCUCCUCUCCCCCUACUAUCAUUCUGAAAUACACAACGCCUACCCCCCCUAUCCUAUUUAGUCAUUUAGUUGAGAUAUUUGGUUCCGUAAUCUUUUUGUUUGCUGGUUUAUUGGCUAGUGAUUGUCCUCCUCCUCCUCAGCCUGUCUGGUGGCUGUGAAAAGGUCCUGAAAGGGCUUUUCUGGAACAGCAUAUGGGCCCAUAUUAGGAGGAUGCUAGGCACACACACUGGUUUCCUGCUCUCACAUACUGUACUGAAGAGAACAGCAGGAGACGGUCUGUCAGGAAGGCACCCCUUAGUUAAAGGACAAAGAGCUUGGCUAGCUGUCUGGCAGAUCCCUUUCAUUCAUAUAGUAAUGCCUCCAUAUAGUCCCCUGCUAUUGGCCAGGACCAAAGUAAUGCUUCCUUGUAGUCCCCUGCUAUUGGCCAGGACCAAAUAUGAGGUCAUUAUUGAGAUGGGGUUACUCUAAGAGGUCUCCAAAGCAGACGGUAGGUGGGUUGGUGGUGGAUGAAAGGAAAUGACAAGAUGAUGGAAUUCCAUCCAGGGACUUUAACCUACAUCAGUAGUCAUGAAGGACACGGGGCACUAAAAGACUUUUAACAUGGCGUAUCCGGACCCUCCCAGCCACUCAAAUGUCACCGCAGACCUCUGAAGUAAGACGUGCAUGCUAUGGACUAGGACCUCCGUAUGGUCACUUCUGUUUGGGAAUAUGUGAACAUCUGCUGUCCCCUUUUCUAAAUUCUCACUCUUAGUUAGCUUUGAUUGAUAGCUUAUGCAGCGGUUGCAGUUUUCGACACACACACACACACACACACACACACACACACACACACACACACACACACACACACACACACACACACACACACACACACACACACACACACACACACACACACACACAAAGCUGUACGAUCCAGCUGUACUGAAGUAUGUUUUUCUCCCUAACCCUCAUGUGUUCUGGGUUGCUAUCAAAUGAACCAGUGUAUACCAGCUAGCUAAGCAAUUAAACCCGAUGCAGAAUCCACGCUCUGCAGUUUUCAACAUCUGCCGUUCUCCUAUGUCUGUUUUCAUUUCCUUGGCCGGGAGUCUCAUCUGUUCUCCUGAUCAGUUAUGAUGCAUGAUGGAACCCUCUGUGGUUAAUAUGGUACUGUAUAGAGUAGACUGCC